AUGUCAUUUUACAAAAGUCGGUAUAUUAUUCCUGAAGAAGAAAAUGAAAAAUCUGCUACUGUUAACAAAAAUAAUACGGUCAUAAAUAAAAUUUUUGGCAUAAUAUUGCUUGUACAACUUUUUGUUAUAUUUUUAAUUUGGGCGGUCAAGAAGUCGCAACAUUCAUAUUUGUACAUUGAGCCUUACGAGCCAGUUGAACAUGGUACUUUUGAGGACGACAUCUCAACUUUUUCGUAUAUAUGUUGGUCGAGAAUAAACUCAAUGCGUGAUUUUUAUUACAUAGUUAUUAGUGGAAGCAGUGGAUUUGGAAGUCCAAAUAAUUACAAUCGAAUAGAAGGAAAAGAAGACUUGGUUUACCCUUCUUCUACCCCAAAUGCACCAGAUUCGUUAAAUAAAUGGCCAGAUUAUUUAAAAGAAAUAUAUAUUAAAAAAAAACAGUUACAGACCAAUCUUGAAUGGGAAGAAUUUUCAAGUAGAUUUCAGCACGCAAUAAUGAUUCAUAAAGCUGUUAGUAUAUAUGAAUACGAAAACACUAAAACUAAAGAAAUUAGUAAAUUUAUUAAGGAGGCUAUUCCGUUCUAUAACGAAAAGUCAAACUAUUAUAAUGAAUUUAUGCGUUGGAAAAAAUUUUAUGAGAUGAUAAGAUUAAUUAUUGAACCUCUUGAAAAAGAAAACAUUCCAUUGGAUUUUUGUCACAAAAAACUAUGUGGUAUUGGUUUCACGGUUAAUUAUCUGAGCGAAGUUAAAAAAGACGAAUUUGAGAAAGUUGCUGAAGCUUUUGUAACAAAUUGUAUUAACGAAUACAAAAAG